UAACCCGAUCCGGUCCAUAUCCUCGAAACAAAUCUAGGGUUUUAAAAGUGAGCUUGUGUAUAUUAGCAGCAACAGCCGCUCUUUCACUCCUCUUUUCAUUUCCGGCGACCUUUCUUUGCAAUUCAGCUAAAAUGACCAAGAGGACUAAGAAGGCUGGUAUUGUUGGCAAGUAUGGUACCCGUUAUGGUGCCAGUCUGAGGAAGCAAAUCAAAAAGAUGGAAGUAUCACAGCACAGCAGAUACUUCUGUGAAUUUUGUGGCAAGUAUGCAGUGAAGAGAAAGGCAGUUGGAAUAUGGGGUUGCAAGGACUGUGGCAAAGUCAAAGCUGGGGGUGCAUACACCUUGAACACCGCUGCUGCUGUGACAGUUCGGAGCACAAUUAGGCGGUUGAGGGAGCAAACUGAGAGUUGAAGAUAGCAUGAUGUUUAAUUUGAUGUUUUUUCCCAAUAGUCUUGUAUGAAGACAUGGUUGUUAUUAUCAACAAUUUUGUUUGGGUUCCAGAUACUUAUUACUUAUGCAAUGGAGAUAAUUGGAUGACAAUAUUGAAUUUGAUAUUGCUAA